AUGAGAUUCGGUCUGUCGUCCAAACACCGCACCGGCAUCUCGCCGGCGCAGCUCCUGCUUGGAAUGAUCCCGGACGGUGCUGCCAACCAUGGCACCGGGGCCCAAAACAUUGCGGCAGAUAGCGCAUCGCAGUACAACAACGACCGUACCGGUACGCAGUUCAACAACUGCACGAUACAUGGAGCUUGCCUUCAGUCUCUGGCAUUCAAUGACAUCCACGCUCGACACGACGACAUCGCUCCUGCUCAUCGACACACCUGCGACUGGCUGUUCGACACUCGCGAGUUUCAACAGUGGAGGAACCUGACAUCUCUUCCUACCCACAAUGGAGUGCUCUGGAUCAAAGGCAAACCGGGCGCGGGGAAGUCGACGCUAAUGAAGCACGCACUCUUCCGCUACCGGAAUGACUUCUUUCGUGACCACCUCAUCGUCGCCUUCUUCUUUAACGCCCAAGGCGAGUCGCUCGAGAAGACACCACUCGGCAUGCUGCGGUCCAUUGUAUACCAGAUCCUCAAAAAUGAUGACAUCCUCUAUGGACAUUUCAUCCCGUUGUUCCGCGAGAAGCAAAGGACAGGCCGGGGAGGUGACUGCCAGUGGCGUCAAUCAGAACUGAAAGAUUUUUUACGCUUGGUCGUCAAGCAGCUACAGACAAAGCCUUUACUUCUUCUUAUUGACGCUCUUGACGAGUGUGAUGAGUCUGAGGUUCGCGAUGUUGUAGCUUUUCUCGAGUCGCUCAGUAUCGAUGCCACUCUAGAAAACCUCCCGCUACGGAUAUGCCUGUCGAGUCGCCAUUACCCUAGCAUCCGAAUGGAGAAGGUUCUCGAAUUAGCGGUAGAAACGAGUCCAUAUCACCAAAAAGAUAUCGCCACGUACAUCAGAGAGAAGACGAGACGACCGCUCCGAGCUCAAGAACUCUUCGCCGCCGUAGUAGGAAUCGCUCCUCCCACUAUCGACAUAAUCCAGCGACGGAUCACAACGUCGUCAAAGGGCUUAAUCGAGGUACGAAGUGGCGAGUCUGAGCUUGUCCAAUUUGUUCAUCUAUCGGUCAGCGACUUCCUUUUCCGACAGAAGAGGUUGCAGACUCUGGACCCGAGCCUAGGUCCUGAGCCUGUCGCGGCCAGCCACAGCCGACUCUGGGCUUGCUGCUGGUCCAGUAUGAAGCAGGUGGACACCACAUCCAUCAGUUGGCAGCACAUUAGAGAAUCUAAAGACAAGGACCCCUUCCUAGAGUAUGCAGCGAGCCAUAUUCUUUACCAUGCAGAAAUAGCAUUGACGAGGAACAUAACGACCCGAGAGGACAAGCAGGCAGAGCGUGGGGAAGGUUCCUCUAAUCUUUCCGACAUUUUCCAGUGGCUACGAGAGUCAAAUUGCUGGUUCCAAUGGUGGAGACUGUUUCUUGUCGUCAAUGACCUCAGGAAGGAAUACCUGCUCCAUAACGAAGUCGAUGCAGGACUCCUCUACACAUUAGCGUUGAACGCGCUCCCGAACCUCCUAAGAGCCAUCGCAGAGAUUUCUGAUGUCAACGCACAAGGCGGCAAGUACGGCAGCGCACUACAGGUCGCUUCAACAAAGGGACACCAACAGAUCGUUCAGCUGCUCCUUGAGGCAGGCGCAAAUGUCAACACGCAAAGCGGCAAGUACGGGAGCGCACUACAGAUCGCUUCAACAAAGGGAUACCAACAGAUCGUUCAGCUGCUCCUUAAUGCAGGCGCUGACGUUAAUGCACAAGGCGGCUUUUAUGGCAAUACUCUACAGGCCGCUUGUGCUUUAGAGAGAGGGAACCCAGAAAUUGUCCAACUGCUCCUUGAAGCAGGCGCUGACGUUAACGCACAAGGCGGUGAGUAUGGCAAUGCGCUGCAGGCUGCUUCAAUACAAGGACACCAGCAGAUUGUUCAGUUGCUCCUUGAGGCAGGCGCUGAUGUUAAUGCACAAGGCGGCUUUUAUGGCAAUGCUCUACAGGCCGCUUGUGCUUUAGAGAGAGGGAACCCAGAAAUUGUCCAACUGCUCCUUGAAGCAGGCGCUGACGUUAACGCACAAGGCGGUGAGUAUGGCAAUGCGCUGCAGGUUACGUCAGCUAGAGGACAACAAGAUAUUGUCCAGCUGCUCCUUGAGGCGGGUGCUGAAGUCAACGCACAAGGCAGCCAGCAUGGCAAUGCGCUGCAGGCCGCUUGUGUUGCGUGGGGGAAAGACCAAAAGAUUGAAAAGCAGCUCUUGGAAUACGGCACUGACAUUAACGCGCAGGCCGGUGUAUUCGGCAGUGCUCUGCAAGCUGCCUCAUACUGUAACCAUCAAGAGAUCGUUCAGCUACUCCUCGAUAGUGGCGCCGACGUUAACCUGCAAGGCGGCCGGUAUGGCAAUACGCUGCAGGCCGCUUGUGUUUCGUGGGCGAAAAACCAAAAGAUUGUGAAGCUACUCCUUGAAUACGGCGCUGACGUUAACGCGCAGGGCGGCGUGUUCGGCAAUGCGCUGCAGGCUGCGUCAGUUGGAGGAGACGAAGAAAUCGUCCAGCUGCUCCUCGAGAAGGGCGCCAAUAUCAGCGUUCAAGACGGCGAGUAA